AUGUCGACGUCUCCUGCGCGGGGAAUAACUCCAGCUUUCCCAUGCGCCUUUUGCGACCAAAGCUUUGGUAGAAAAGAGCAUCUCACCCGCCAUAGGAGGAUACAUACACAAGAGAAGCCAUUCCGGUGUUCUAGCUGUACCAAAUGUUUCUCACGCCUUGACGUGCUCAAUCGCCACAUUUCAACACAUGAGGAACAAGAG